AUGUGGGCUUAUACUGUUGGUUUUACUGUCCUGCCUCACGUUGGAGGUUUUCUUGGCUGGUUCUUUAAUCGGAAGGAAAUACCUGCUUGGUAUGAGAAGCUGAAAAAGCCUUUGUGGUGUCCAUCCCGCAAAGUAUUUCCUCUUGCUUGGACAGUCCUGUACACUGGCAUGGGCUAUGCCUCCUACCUGAUAUGGAAUGACCUGGGCGGCUGCAGCAGCAAAGCUGUCGUCCCGCUCGGCCUCUAUGGGGCUCAGCUGGCCUUGAACUGGGCUUGGCCGCCCUUGUUCUUUGGUGCACGCAACCUGAAGAUGGCACUGAUUGACAUCCUGUGCUUAGACAGCCUGGUGAUAGGCAUGAUGUGGUCCUGGUACCGCAUCAACAAGGUAGCGACGCUGCUGAUGGUGCCUUACCUGGGCUGGCUGGCCAUGGCGACUUGUCUCACCAUUCGCAUCUGGAAGGACAACCCUGAACAAAAACCAGGAAAGAGCGAAUAA